AUAUAAAUUCUGCUCAAAAAUCUGUCUAAAAACCAAACCACAAUGGGUGGAAACAGAUUCCAGCUAAGUAUAAUGGACCUCUCUAAUUCUAUAAUACAAACUGGAAGACCUGGAAUUAGCGACUUCGGUAUUAGCAAGGAUGGCGGCGGCCGCAGCGAGUCGAGGAAUCAGGGCAAAGCUGGGCCUGCGUGAGAUUCGCAUCCACUUAUGUCAGCGCUCGUCCGGCAGCCAGGGUGUCAGGGACUUCAUUGAGAAACGCUACGUGGAGCGGAAGAAGGCGAAUGCCGACCUACCCAGCCUAAUCUGCGAAUGCUACGAUGUGCAGCCCAAGCUCUGGGCCUGCUACGCAUUUGGCCAAGAGAAGAAUGUCCGUUUGUACAACUGCAGUGCUGAUCAGGUAACCAGAGCCCUGGAGAACGUGCUAAGUGGUAAAGCCUGAAGCCUCCACUGAGGAUUAAGAGCAACAGCCCCAGAGCCUGGGCUCUGCUGGACUUAGUAUAAUGUGAAAAAAAAUGUGUUCUCCUAUUCCUCAUAAAGCUUGUGCUGUAAAAUA